AUGCUCAGACCCCUAGUGUGCGCUCGCCUUCUCGGACGACUGCUGCUCGAGGCGCCGACUGAGGACGGUCGCACCAAUGUCGCCUCGGAGAUCGUGCAGUGUCUAGGUGAUAGCGAACUCUUCCGACUGGCGAACCUCUACAAGGAUCACUUUAUCCGGCUGUUCUUCAGAGAAAAGGACCGCACUCCUGCACCUUCUUCACAUUCGUCCGCGCCAUCGGUCGGCCUAAAGAACGGUGAACUCCGCAAUAUGUCGCUCCCGACUCCGCCAUCCCAUGCCACAGCCAAGGCCGAUGCCCUGCAACGAGACGGGUACCGGUGCAUGCUCUCGCGACGUCUCGACGUCGACUCGUUGGACAAUGGACUCAUCCCUGUCGACGAGGCGACCACCGGCAUGGUCGUGCACACCCAUUGCACCCAUAUCUUCGCCAAGUCCACAAAUGAGGAUCUCAGUGACUCCGCCCAGGCGGCCUAUGCAGCAUCCCUGCACGCUAUACUGCAUCGUUUCGGUGGUGUCGAUUCGACUGAAGAACUCAACGGCGCAAACGUACACCGCCUCGAGAACAUCCUCACCCUGAGUCUCGACACGCACACAUCCUUCGACCGACUGCAGCUCUGGCUGGCCAAAAUCCCUGGGAUGGUCCCCAGCACGCGCGUCGACUUCACCACCCCUGACCCGGUGACGCUUCCGCUGCCUGAAGCACGUUACCUCAGGACUCAUGCGGCUUGCGCGCGCGUCGCCCACCUGUCGGGCGUUGCGGAGUGCAUCGCCAAGAUUUUGCAUGAGGAGGAAGUCACGAGGGUUUUGGCGGCCGAUGGAGGCUCGAGCGAGCUCUUGAAACACGUACUUGUGCAUCGUCUGGGUAUCAUGGCAUAG